CUGUUUCCUCUCUUCACCAGGAGCAGCCGAGUCAGGAAUGAGGAGGGGGCUGGGUUCUUUUUGUCCUUUUUCCUUUUUUUUUGUUUUUCUGCCUUUUUGUUUUGCACAUUUCUAAUCGUCACUAAUUGCGAAGACGGCUUUUGUUUGUUUUUGUUUUUUGAACACUGAAGGAGUUCUGCCAGCAACCAAAAAUGGGGAAAGUGAACAUCUGCCUGAAAAGGAGUUUGAUCAUUGUGACAAGUCUAAUGAUCAUCGUAGGCGCGCUCAUGGUGGCCGGGACCCUUUUCGGCCACGGGCAUUACCACCGGGACGACGAGAUAGAGGACAUGAUUGUGGGCAUCAAAGUCCUGUACGCUCUGACCAUCACUACCCUGAUCCUGCCCAUCAUCGGCUUGUUUGGUGCCUGCAAAGAGAAGAGAUGGGUGCUCAUUGUAUUCAUCCUCGGAAUGAUCCUGUGCAGCCUGUUUGUGCUUUACAUGGCCAUCCAAUUGCUGAUCAUGCGUUCUGUGAUCAUCAAGGUCCUGUCCGUAUUCUACCAAAACAUGCAGCCGAUCAGCGAAGCCAGCGGGGUCGAUCUGACCGUGCUGGAGGAAACCCAAAAAGAAUUGGAGUGUUGCGGAGUGCAACAGGGCUACGAGGAGUGGGGCUACAACAUCUCCGCGUCGUGCCUGUGCAACGACACCUCGGCCGACUGCGUGGCGGCCCCCAGCAACAGCAGCCUCUUCCAGCUGGCGGACGACAAUCCCGUCAUGAUUUAUAAAGAGGCCUGUCUUCCGAUCCUCCUCUCACAUUUAAACCUGGCCAUUGACAUCGUGGUGGGCUCCUCGGUGGGCUUGACGUCACUGUGGGCGCUGUCCUGCGUGCUGAGCAUCGCCGUCCUGUGUCAGCUGAAAGAGAAAAAGGACACGCUGGUGGUGGCGUACAGUCGGGAGGCCAAAACGGGCAACUACGCCGUCCUCGCCGAGCCCGCCGAGCUCACCUGACCGCGGCAAAGUGUUCGGGUCGGGUUGUGUUGACCUCAAAGGUAAAGCCAUGAGAGUGGAAUCGGAGCUUCAUUUGAACGUCACCAAAAUAUGCACCCUCAAAUUAGUCUAUGUUGUUCAUAAAUUGUGCAAUUGAAUGCAAAUCUGUGAGUCCUCCACUGGCUUUUGCAUGUAAAGGAUGUUUUUGAUAUGUUUACAGUAUAUUGUUUAUUGUUUGUUUUAAAAAUGAAAACUGAAUCGUGCAAUAAAAUG